GCCAUUUCCUGUUAGCAAAGGGGCUUCGAGAAGCAGACAGAAGUGCAAGGCAGUGCUGAUUACGUCCCCUCAGUGAGACCAGGUACCAGGAAGUCAAGACUCCUUAUUUCUGGAGAGCCAGGGAAUGUGAUGGCAGUGUUCAGGACAGAUGCCCUGCUGUUCCUGGCCCUAUCGGUCUCCUCUGCAGAGGCCAUGAGUUGGAGUGACCCCAUCACCUGCUACGUCCUAGAUGCAGUCCUGCUUCUCUACUGCAUUGUAUUCACUGCACUAUACUUCAGAAUAAAGUUGUCAAGACUACCGCCAGAAACCCCUGUGAUAAACGAGCCUGUCUAUACAGGUCUGAACACAAAUCAGAUAAGUGAUGACUAUCAAACCCUGGACCAGCCAAGCAGCCAAGCUAGAGCCCCUGGCAGACAGAAUCAAGCAAAGCAGAGUGAAGGCCAUUAUGAGCCAUUGAGGACACCAUCAAAUGACGAUUAUCAAGAGCUAAAAAAGAAAAACAAGCUCCACAAAGGAAAGAGAAAAUCCAGAGAGUCUCACAGCGCGAACAGGAAGGAUGCGGCCGAGGCCAUCGAGAUGGAGCCCCUCCCUCCCUUACCAGAUCGUAGCUAAGCCUCUGCAUGCAGGCCUGCUCUGAGCUCCGCAGGGACGAGCCCAACACCUGCUGCCUUUACCGUGUGACCAUUUCCCCACAUUUCACCGUAAGGAAAACGUGACGCAAGAUGCUGCUGCUAGUUAGAUCUUAUCUGUAAAUUUGCAUUUCCUUGCCUAAGCAAUUGACUAGAAGGACAAUAUUUAGCUUUUUGAGAGUGUAUAUUUGGUCAAACGUUUCACUUUAACCUGAUCUAAAAAGAACAACUGAAUAUUACCUAAACCAAUCAAGACAAUUAUGCAAAUGACUUAGCAAAUGACUGAGCACGUGAGACUCAUGAGGUCAGUCAUUUGUUGACGGACAUUUAAGAACCCAUUUUAUAUCAUUUUACAGUUAAACCUAUUGUCCAUUUGAAGCAGCCUAGCUGGGUUUUUUUUCCUACAGAUGGUGCUAUAGUUCAGAGACCAUGGUUCUCAUGCACUGUAAAAUAUUUUUGGCCCGAAAAUAUAAAAGCACUUGCUGACUGGAUAUUUGAUGCAAAAUAGCUGAAUUUGUAAAUUUAUUUAAUUUUUAUUUCUUUUUGUUGUUGUUUUGGCUUUUUCUUCUAGCGGAUGGCUUUAAUCAAGUUACUUAUAAAUUGCACAAUUAAGAGAUGCAAGGCUUUUUCUCCAUGUUAUAUGCAGUCAGUAACAGUUUAAAUCGAAGUUGCUUCUUGAAAGUACUUUUCAGUCUAGGAGUGACUUCUGAAGUAGCUCAGAGCAAGAGUGCUACUCCAAGAGUUGCUGCAUUAGUGAAGGAGGGUUUCCCAUGCACUAAAAACCCAGGGUUAUGCUAGAUCUUAUCUGAGUAACAACUUUUUAAAGUUUUUAACUGAAUUUAUUGUUGACAUGUAAUUACUUGUGUAAAUAUGCUUCCUAGCUAAUUUUACUAUAUUGACGUUCAUUUUGCAACUGAAUAUAUGACCAAAUGUACAUGGUUUACCUGAUGCUAUACUAUUCAUAUAGAGCCAAGUCUUUGGCUUUGCUUUGGAAGCAACCAAUACAUUUAAAGAGGACAUACGGCCUCAAACAAGGACCAAUCAUAACUGUUGGUAGAAAGGUCAUUUGUAGUUAGCAGCUAAACUUCAGAGUGACUACUGACGCUCAAACACAUGAUCCAUUCCCCUGAUUGGGCAGUUACCAGAAUUAUUUGUUUUAGCACCACAGUUUUGGUCAAGGCUACUAACAGAAUUAUUAUAUAAAUAUAAAUGAAAUGAGACAGCAACACUCAAUAUUAAAACACUUGGAAAAUGGUUUAAUGAUGUUUACAACAAAAAAAACAAAACAAACAAAAAAAAUAACUGUACAGUUACAGUAAAAGAUCUUCAUUUUAUAUAUAUAUAUAUAUAAAUGAAAAAUACAGCAGACAAAUGCAUCAAAUCUACCAUGUAUCCUGAUUCACAUACUCGUGAUUCUACACACUCGUUCAGUUAUAAGCUACCAUGAUGUAGCCAUUUUAGAGUCCAGUUAUUGGCAUGUGUUCCUACAGUAACCGAGUGGGAGUGUCACUGUAGUCCUGGUUAUUAGUCACCCAGGAUCCAACAAAUUACCAUCACUAUGACAACAGUGAGUAAUAGAGUUCAGAAGAGACACAGGAGUACAAUGUACAGUAUGUGACAGGUUUUUUUGGGGGGGGUGGGGCACAUUCCUUGAGCUGUAUGAAAUGUGAAUAACCAUUUUACAGAACAACUUGCUUAUAAAGUUCAUGACUGAAGCAGUAUGUACAUGACUUUUAAAAAAUAAAAUAAAAUGUAAAAAAAAAAAUCCUGUUUUUCAUCCGUUUUAGAAAACAAUGGAAACUCGGGCAGUGAAACUGAUACCACAUACAUUGACACACGCAAAACAUAUAAAAAUACUAUUUGUUUAACCUACUAAGAAUAAGACAAUUCUGCAGUUAACUCCAUGCUGUGACAGAAAAAGAGCAUUACAUCCAAGAAAUGAGAAAUUUUAAAUGACAAACUUUUGUUUUUGCUUUUUUUUUUUUAAUAAGUAUCUCAGAAAAAUACCAAAAUAUACAUCUAAGCUUUGGAAUUACUGAGGUUAGGACUAAAGUCAGAGCUGGGUUCUGUUCAUUAAUAUACAUGCUGAAGGGCUCGGAGAGGAAGAGAGGAAAAAAUUAAAAAGUCAGAGUAAUCUUUGGUAUCUGCAUCUGUCAAACGUUUCAUAUUUGGAUUUUUGCUUUGGGAUAGAGCUUGUAACAUCUGUCGACCUUACGCCCAGAAUAAAGCUGUCGAGCGAAGUGUCGAAGACGCAUUUGGUACAGAGUGGUGUCACCUAGACACAGCCCAGUGGCAAACAGGACAAUGCAUAGUUGCACAGCUGAUCAGUCAAACAAAAGGGUCAAACAAGAUGUUGGAAAGAGCGACAAAAUCUUGCAAACGACACAAAAACAGAGUGCGCUGGAUUCUUGAUGCAUCAGAACAUGAACAUAACCUUGGAGUGGUCCGACAGAUGUAUUUUUGGUAGAAACACUCGUAAAAACAAGGUUUGUCUUGUUACAGCCAUAUAGACAAAGACACUGAGUCCAGAGAGCAGACAGCUCAUCCUGAGCAGGUUGCAGUGUGUGCAGGCCACCCUUCAGUGUGUACUAACAAACAUCACCCAGCCCCACGAGGGGUUCACUUCACAAGUCCUUUGGAGAAGCCUGUCGGCUGUCCAUCCCCACCUUGACUAAUGCGCAGCUUAGCCAGCUCCGCGAGUGCCCGAGAAUGACGUCACAUCUACAGCUAAAAAGGCAGGGUGCAAGGACAGACAGUUUAAUCCAUACAAUCACUUUGUAAGUCUUUGGUUACCACAGAGAGGGUGAGGGCCAAGCAGACAGAAGACUACAAAGAGCUUACGCACACACUCUUGCGUGUGCACACGGACACCAAACACAUGCGUGGCUUGCUUGCUUACACACACACACACACACACACACACACACACACACACACACACACACACACACACACACACACACACACACACACACACACACACACACACACACACAAAAACCCUACAGCCAAAAGGGAACAAAAAGGAGACGAUUGUCAAAUCAUAAAGUAAACUACAAAUAACUACAAAGAAUUAAGUUCAAGUGCAAAAUAAAGAUGUGGCCAGAGUACGCAGUUGCUACAGUUGAGGAUGGACCAUUAAAACAAGAGACAUACUCUGUAAUUUUAAUACUCGUGGGUGUAUGUGUGUGGUGUCUGAGGCCACUGAACCCUCACCCCACACAUCAAGUGAACAUCUGCAGGCUUCUCUGAAAGGAUGCGGGGUUUAUUUACCAUCUUAUUUCGUUUUUCUUCUUUCAAAAGUAGAUUAAAGCAAAGUUUGUUUGUUUUUUUACUCGGUCUCGAGUCAGAAAUGAGGUAUACAACAGCUCCUUUAUCAGGCCAGCUAGCCCCGUCCAGCUGGUACACGGCCAUCCCUGCCAAUCAACCCCUCCCAGAAGUGACUGCAGGCCUACCACUGCAUCAAAAACACAAGCAUGACACUGCCCAGGUCAAAUCAGGGCAUCCAGUCACUCCACAAGCCAAAAGGAGAAAGCUUGAAUCCAUUACACCACAUGCACAACCUGUAACACUGCACUACAACUGUACUACACUAGAAGUGCUAAACUCCAUCUGUCCCAUCCAUUCCUGGAACACCAUCUAAUCGCGCAGAUUAAAAAGCAUAUGACUUACCGCUAAGUGGUCACCAUGGCAUCACACAGCUAUGUUUUUUUUUUCAUUUUGUCAUUCCCUCCACCCUCCCCCAAUCAACAGUUAGAAGUCUUACUUCCAGUUUAAUCAAAUGAUUUUAAGAAAUUGAGUUUAAUCGAAUUAUCUGUGUUGAUGCACCACCAUCAAGAACUAAGUGAACCCCAAUUCAUCUACACAACAUCUGGAGUUUAGUCAUUACUAAAGCUUUAUCGGCAGGUUUCCAACCUGCUUCAGUCACACCUAAAUAACAGGCAGCAACGUUCCUACGUCCAAAACCUUUUUUUUUUGGGGGGGGGGGUUGUCCAGUACUCACAGCAUUAUUUCAACGGUCAAUAUGCACCGAGUAAGUUAGACGAGCAUGCAGGGUGUAUCUGUCAUUCAUCCAAACGCAGACACAAAAAUUCACUCAUCUCACUCAUCUCAACACACACACACACACACACACACUCACUCACUCACACUACAGUUUGCUACAAUGCAUCAAGCUUCUAACAUAAUAAUAAGGCAUAAAUGAUAAGUUAAUUUUGUUAAACUAAGAAAGCCAGUGAUGAUGCUCCCUCAAGCUAUACAAACAAAGAAGUUCAAAUGAUUGUUAAAAACAGCAUGGCAAAUCAAAUCCGUAAAAAAGCCAGAUUAAGAUCACGUGCUUCCGAAUCCACUUCCCAAGCAUCAGUAAAAGCUGGGAGCGCCAUAGCAAGCCCUGCACACUCACUGCAGGAGGGGCAAAUGACAGCCAAUCCUGCAUCCAAGGGGUAUGUUCUCAAUUUUUGGUCUUGAAAGUUCUUCAGAAUUGCUAUCAUAAAAAGAAUUUUUUUGCCCUUUUUUUUGUAAAUAGGCAUGACAAAACACUACAUUCAAUCUUGAUAAUAGCUCAAAUAUAAAAUAUGGGUAUAUUACGUGUGUGUGUGUGUGUGUGUGUGUGUGUGUGUGUGUGUGUGUG